CAAACUUCAUAUAACAAAUUUUUACUAAUCCUAGCCAAGAUUAUUUUUUUUUUAAAAAAAUGUUUAAAUUCCUCUUUCUCUUCUCUAUCUUAAUCUUGAGCAGCGAUGCCGCUGUUCAAGAUUUCUGCGUGGCAGACUUUAAAGCACCCGAAUCACCUUCUGGCUAUUCUUGCAAAAGUGUUACAAAUGUAACAGUUGACGAUUUCGUGUUUUCUGGGCUUAGUGCUGCUGGAAACACAGCAAGCAUUAUAAAGGCCGCAGUUACACCAGCAUUUGCGGCCCAAUUUCCAGGUCUUAAUGGGCUUGGGCUUUCUGCGGCCCGUUUAGAUUUGGCCGCAGGUGGCGUGAUCCCAUUUCACACUCACCCUGGUGCUUCUGAAAUUUUACUUGUGGUGCAAGGAUCAAUUACUGCUGGAUUUGUUUCAUCAGCAAAUUCUGUUUAUUUAAAAACACUUAAAAAAGGUGAUUUAAUGGUUUUUCCACAAGGAUUAUUGCAUUUUCAAGUGAGUGAUGCUGGAUAUACUUCUGUGGGUUAUGCAUUUUUUAGCAGCUCUAAUCCUGGACUUCAGAUUACUGAUUUUGCAUUAUUUGCUAAUGAUUUGCCAACUAAGUUGGUUGGGGCAACAACAUUCCUUGAUGAAGCAACAAUUAAGAAACUUAAGGGUGUGCUUGGAGGCACUAAUUAAGCAACAAUUGCAUUGUGUUAGCUGUUAAUCUUU